AUGACUAACGAUGUUGGGACAUCCAAUGGAGGCAAGGCUACUCGCAAAGUGGGCUGCAUACCUGACCUGGCGGAAGUGCGUUCAGCCGAAGAGAAUUGGACUGGCCUUACCGACCCUGCGAUUCGACGAAAGUUGCAGAAUCGCUUGAACCAGAGAAUCUAUCAAAUGGAUUGGGUGACUGAUCUUGCACUGGGCACUUAG